AGGUCGAGGUCUCAUGAAUUCUCCCAGUAGCCCUUGCACUUCCUCUUCCUGUAAGCGACCUGAGGUAACCUGCGAAGAUGGUUCGCUACUCUCUCGACCCGGAAAACCCUACAAAAUCAUGCAAGUCAAGAGGUUCAAAUCUCCGGGUUCACUUUAAGAAUACCCGUGAAACUGCCCAGGCCAUCAAGGGUAUGCACAUCCGAAAAGCCACCAAAUACCUGAAGGAUGUCACUUUGAAGAAGCAAUGCGUGCCGUUCCGGCGGUACAAUGGUGGAGUCGGCAGGUGCGCCCAGGCCAAACAGUGGGGCUGGACACAGGGUCGGUGGCCAAAAAAGAGUGCUGAAUUUUUGCUGCACAUGCUUAAAAAUGCAGAGAGUAAUGCUGAGCUUAAGGGUCUAGACGUAGAUUCUCUGGUCAUCGAGCACAUCCAGGUGAACAAAGCACCUAAAAUGCGCCGACGAACUUACAGAGCUCACGGCCGGAUUAACCCAUACAUGAGCUCCCCCUGCCACAUCGAGAUGAUCCUCACGGAAAAGGAACAGAUUGUUCCAAAGCCAGAAGAGGAGGUUGCACAGAAGAAAAAGAUAUCCCAGAAGAAACUGAAGAAGCAGAAACUUAUGGCACGGGAAUAAAUUGAGCAUAAAAUAAAUGCAGAUAAAAGUA